GUCAAAUGCAAUAUGGCUGCCAAUUCGAGCGGAUCAGCGUCCCAAACACCUACUAAAUCUAAUCCUCCGAGUAAGGAAAAAGAAACCUUACUCGCAGUCCUUCAGUUUUUGAAGAAGAAGAAUCUGUCUGAAACUGAGAAAAUCUUCAGGCAAGAAGUGAAUGGAAUAGAUGCAAUAGAAGAAAUAAAUCUUCAGACUACUCCAGAUUCAGAGCCAGAUAUUUCCUCAGUCUUAUCUGCGUAUAACAGUGAUGCAGAUCCAACAAGAUAUGAAGAUUAUUACAGCAGUUUGCAAGCAUUUGUAGAAAAAUCAUUGGAUGUAUAUAAGCCUGAGCUGGCCAUGGUACUUUAUCCAAUGUUUGUCCACAUGUAUCUUGAACUGGUAUACAAAGGCAGUGAAAAGGAGGCGCAAUCUUUUUUUGCCUGUUUUCGGGGGAGUCAGGAAGAUUAUCAUGAAGAAGACCUUAGCAAGUUGGCAGCCAUAACACGGCGUGAACAUAUGAAAAGUAAUGAGCUCAUGGGGACCUUAAGGAGCAACAAAUUUGUAAUCAGAAUGUCAAAGGACACAUACCAAGUGCUCAAGAAGCAUUUGCAGGAUCAACAGCAAGAAUUGCUUCUUACAUUGAUUCAGCAACACCUUCACUUUGAUGUUUUUGAAGGAAGACCAAGGAAUAAGCAAGCAAUAGAAGCAACGGCAGGAGCAGUGACAGGGGAGGCGACAUUUGAGGCCAACAAGAGUAAGGUGUAUUAUGGAAUUCCUCCAGAGCCUGAUCUUGGAGUUGUUAUUGAAGAGGAAAAUGAGGAGGAAGAAGAUAAAGACAAACCGAAA